GGUCUUUUUUUGUUUUCCCGUAUCCGCCAUUUCAGUUUUUGAAGUUAGUUGUCAUCGGCCGCCGUAUUGUAGCUGCAGUUUUGCUGUUAAAACGCCUUGAAUGACAAAAAGAGCUGAAUUCUAACCACAAACCAAAUAAGAGUCCUAUUAUCUCGCGGUUGAGUUCCUGUGUCGGCGAAUUUAUGUCCAAACGGCAGGCUGCGGAUGUCGCCUGUUUACUAAACGUGCUCUAAGCGCUAAAGUUUUUGUAUGAGUUGAAGGCUUUGCUUGCGGAUAACGGGAGGGAGAGCAGGGAAGGCCCGGUGAAGCCUCGGCUUUGGAGUGGUUAUCAUGGCCGGAAAUUUUGACGCGGACGACCGCGGCAGUUGGUACUGGAGUCGGCUGAACAGGCAGGAGGCUGUGUCUCUGUUGCAAGGGCAGCGGCACGGCGUGUUUCUGGUGCGGGACUCCAUCACCAGCCCCGGCGACUACGUGCUCUCGGUAUCAGAGAACUCCAAAGUCUCGCAUUACAUAAUUAACAGCAUCAGCAACAACAGACAGUCUGGUCCAGGUUUGGUCCAUCCAAGGUUCCGAAUUGGUGACCAGGAGUUUGAGGCACUCCCCGCUUUACUAGAAUUCUAUAAAAUCCACUACUUGGACACCACCACCUUGAUAGAACCUAUCAACAAGUCCAAACACACCUCCUUCAUCAAUGUUGGCGCCGGAGGUUGCCCCCCACCACGCCUGGAAGAUGAGUAUGUCCGGGCACUUUUCGAUUUCCCUGGCAACGAUGAGGAGGAUCUCCCUUUCAAGAAAGGCGAUAUUCUCCGAGUUCUCGAGAAGCCAGAGGAGCAGUGGUGGAACGCCCAGAACUCAGAAGGCCGGGCAGGGAUGAUCCCAGUGCCGUAUGUAGAGAAGUACCGGCCGGCGUCUCCAAGUUCGGUGGUGGGGACUGGCAUUCCUGGGGGACCGCUGGGAGGGAUGGGAAUGUUGGGGAACUCUGACAGCUCUGUGGCUCAGUCUGGCACUCCACUUCUGGGUGACCCCAGCCAGUAUGCACAGCCCACUCCUCUCCCUAAUCUCCAGAAUGGACCUGUCCAUGCCAGGGCCAUACAGAAGAGGGUGCCUAAUGCCUAUGACAAGACAGCCCUGGCUUUAGAGGUGGGUGACAUGGUGAAGGUGACCAAAAUUAACGUGAAUGGCCAGUGGGAGGGGGAAUGUAAAGGCAAACGUGGCCACUUUCCCUUCACACACGUCAAACUGCUGGACCAGCACAAUGCUGAGGAUGAACUGAGCUGAGAGCGGUCAGCUGGGCCACAACCUGGACACUAGUAUUAGACCCUUCCUCACUCCUGCUCCCCCACCUGUCAUCCUUUACCACACACUUCACCUUCCUCACAUCUACUCCAGCUUUUACCUGCACCAAGUACAUUUUCAGAGAAUCGCAGAGAGCAAAACAAAAAGCCCUCGUCAUGAACACACUCCUGUUCUACCCCUCUGAAUAGUUAUGCCUGCUGUCCUCCAACCCCUGCUCUGACUGGCUGGCUGACUUCAGAAUGGGUCAUGAUCUACAGUGGAAAAAGAUCAUCUACUCAGUGUUCUGUUCUGCGGAUGUGGCAACACUGUUUUAGUCCUCGUCAUGUCCCCGCCGUGGACACCUUAUCAACACUCACUCCUCAGGAGACUCCUCGCCACAGAAUUCGGCCACUUCCUCUUCCUGUGUUGGAGCCAGUAGAUAAUGACACUCAGUCAGCACUGUGUCAUUUUUCAUCCUCAUCCAUCAUCACCAUGUUUACGCCACUGUAGGAUCACUCACACUGCAUUCAUGUCAGAUGGAAUACAAAAGUAAGAUCAGGAGUAGCACAUUUUCCACGUGUGUUUUUGUCUCGUUUGAAGUUUUGAAGCCCGAUUUAUACACUGGCGUUUGACACUUUUAAACAAAGUGUCACUCAACGCUUUGGUCUCCUGACGUGACCUGUGGAAUUUUCUUGUGUCAUAGACACAAUCAUAUUUUGACCUGCAACAUGAUUAGUCAUCCAUGUCUCCAAGAAGAUGUUUCAUCUCCGAAUGUCAGACCAAAACAUGUUCUCCAAGUUGCUCUCUUGAUUAUUAUUAUUUUUUUCAACCAAUGCACUACUGUCAGUAAAUGUAAAUGCAAAAUCUCUUCCUCCUGAAUUAUAUACACAAGUUCAUUAAAUCCAUCCAUCACAAAACAAGGAAACAAAUAUAGAUGUAAAUAAACAAGUGAAUUGAAGGAUAAAUUGAACAGGAUGGUACAGAGAUGGCUGGAGGAUGAUGUACAGUUUGUUCCCAUGGAGACAACUUAGCCAGGAGCAUUAAAUGAAAAUAUUGUGCGAUCAAAAGUGUUAAGUGAUGAAGUAUAAACUAGGCUUUAUGCUGCCGUUAUUUAAGUUUUUACAAUUCAUUUAAAGGAAUAGUUUGAGAAAUAAAUGUAUUCUCUUUUUUUUUUUUUUUUUUUUAACCAGGGGUCUGAACAGUGAAUAUGAAGCUACCACCUGCAGCUAAUUAUCCCAACAUAAAGACUGGAGGCAGCAGACAUGGCUGCUUAGCUCUUUGUAAAGCUAUCAAAAUUGCCAAUUAAUAGGCAACGUCUCAUUGUUUAAGCAACAUGAAAAUGAAUUGGGCAGUUCACCGUUAUGUACCUUUUUACCUUUUUUUUUUUUUUUUGCUGGGAGUAGUUGCUGAGCAACCAGGUAAUCCUAAACCACUCUGCCCUGCAAAAAAAAUAUGUACCUGUAAAACCUCAAAUAACUGAAACUAGGAUAUAACUAGCACAUUCUUUUAUCUUUGAGCGGAACCAGGCUACCUAAUCCGCCUCACUAGCAGUGUUUCUGCUAAUCUAAGCUAACCACUUGCUGUUAAUAAUCGUGCAAAUAAGAGAGUGUUAUCAAUCUACCAUCGAACGCUCCGAAAGAUUGUAAGUGUGCUUCUCGUGCUUCUAUAACAUUUCAUUGUGAUUUUACUUUGACUUUGCAGUGCUUGCCUAGUGAGUGUUGAAUCUUCCACAAAAUCAAAUUUGCAAUGUGUCCACACAAAGAGCAGAUGCAGUUAAUCUCCCCUACAUGCCAUGGCAGUGUUUGUUUUUCUUUCUUUCUUCAUUUGCCCUUAAAGUUGCAGUAGGCAGGAUCCCUGAAGAAAAUAGUUGAUGUUUUGGAAUCAUGUUGUGUUCAUUGUCAGACUGUCAUUUCAGCUCUUUCCUUGAGCUUAACUUUUUUACAUUACUUAUUUACUAGCGUAGGAAACAAUUGGGGACCUUAUGCAGAGAAGGUGUAGUGGACCAGCCAAUAGGAGAAAUCUUUCUGAAGUGCUCUGUGAUUGAUCAGAGUGUACAAUGACACUAUACAUUUAUUUAUAAGGCUCAGAGGAGGUGCAGUAGUGUUCUCUCUUGCUUUACAUUAUGCUGAAAUCAAUCAUUCAACUAUUAAUCAACAAUGUCAAGAAAAAUCCCUGCCUACUGUACCAUAAUGUUUUUCCAGACUGGUAUCACCAAAGUGGUGAUAACUUAAUUGAGGAAUAAGCCUCCUGAACAAUGUUGAAAAUGUUUUCAUCAACUAAUAUUUCUGUAUUUUUGCAGGGCAAGAAAUUUAAUCCAUGUUUGACAAGGUUACCAAUGUGGAGAGGAUGGUGUCUUUUAAAGUUUACAUCUACUUAUGGUCUUCACUAGGAAUGAAUGCAGCAUUAUCUUUGGCACAAGUUAAGAUUGAGCACAUUUUACCACCGGGGACAAUUUUAAGAGAACAUAUUUUGUCAAGGUUCGGAGUGAAGCAAAAAAAGGUGACAUCAAAUGGAAGUGAACAGUCCAGCAUCCAAUCCUUAACACCAAAGUUCAAGAUGGGAUGAAGUCAGCAGCUAGUAGUGACUUGAUGUAGUCUUUGCGAUAGAGAAGGGCCCAAGCAAUGAACCUGAGAAGUUCCAGUCGAGGUGGAGAUAAAGGCAACACUACAUUUAAUCUCUCUUCACCUCCCACUUUUUACUUACCUCAGCCCCUAUCCACCAUUACCUACAACCACCAAGUAGUCUUUUUGUAAGAAAAACAAACAUUAAUAUGAAAUGAUGUACUCUGUGAUUAUCAUUACAUGCUAAAAUAUUAGUUUUCUUUUUUUGUCGUUUUUUUCAUAGCUGGGUUUGACUGUGGGAAAACGCUUUAGGCCCAGGUCAUACUAUCCGUGUCUGCUGACGUUCACCAGGGUCCCCAUGACAAAUUUCAUAAUCCUGGCGAUUGCCGCUGUGGUCAGUGCAGAUCCUUUGCAGAUGAGAAGAAAACCCUAGUUAAACUGACUAAACUGGCCCUAGUUUAAAUCUUCACACACCCUGUGGUCUUGGUCAAAAGAAGCAAUGACAAUGAUAAUAACCCUGGACGCACAGAUCCCAAACCAAUCGCACAAAUAAAAGAAGGAUAUUAGGAAAACUCCUUGAAAGAAAUCACUAUGCUUGCGUGGAGCGCCAGACUGAAGUUAACCCUCAUUUUAGUCUGAAUAAGACCACAGCUGUUUAGGGGGCAUGCAGAAAUGCAAAGUGUGGACACAGAAUACAGAAAGUAUCACCAGGGCCUUUGUCAAAAGCAAAGUGAUUUGUUCAUGCAAACAUUGAUGAAACUGACUCGCAGUUGGGAUUGAAGGGGUGUGGGAUGACAUCUCUCUCCUUAGCAAAAGAGAUUCUUCUGUGUUCACAUCAUGUCAAAUAUGUCCAAGAAAAGAGAAAGUUGUUUUAUUUGGUACAUGUCCUUUGUUUUCAAUUGCCACGUUGCACUAUUUUCUUCUUUUAUGCCUCAGCUUUUGUAUUCGCCUUGUCCAUCUCUCUUGUUAACCCUCUGACCUUUUAUUUAAUGCACACACCAUUGUGGACUUUCUUUUACUGUUAUUUGUUUUUAUUUCUGUUUUGCCAAGCCAUUAGGAAAAUUGUGUUGCAGUGCAGAUUGCCCCCCCCCCCCCCCCCCUCCAAAAAAAGCUAUUUUGUGUGUAUUUAUGUUGAAUCAAUCAUCUAGUUGACACCUGACAAUCAUCACCCAUAAACAACAUGAAUGAAGCAGACUGCAUAGACAUGAACAGCUUAGUCAUUUGCCUGAGAGAACCUGCUCCUCUACUUCUGGCCUGUGGCGUUGUUCCACCUGUAGGUGGCACUGUAGCAACGUUCAGAAAGAUGGGCUCCGUCAGGAAAUCAUAUUCUACUAGUAAUUAUGAGAUUAAAGAAUGUGAAAUUUGAUUAACAAUAUGCACUUAACUGCGUUUACACUGAAUUUGCAUUGAUUAUACAUUAUGGUUUUCAGUUAGCCUUCAUUGCUUCACAUUUUUUUCUCCAGUUUUUAUCUAUUUGGCUGACAUCUUGGAAAAAUCUGCACUCUAGGGAACUAAUUUUUUUUAAUCUGCAUAGUUGUGAUCAAAUCAAGCUUCUUUGUCACUCACGCUGCACAUGGCAAGUGUAUUGAAGAAUCAUCUUGUACGUUUUGUGUUGCCAAUGAAACCACCAAGAAGUAUUUUUUUAUUAGCCCUGCAUGAAGCCAUUCAUUUCCUUUGAUGAAAAGGAAGGGGUGUCAAAAUUCCAGUGGAAAUUUUGUUAAUAUCAAAAUGUGCCAUUUUAUUAUUAUAACACUAUAUUCUUUCAAGACAACGGAAAUUACAUUUUUAUUUUUUCUGUAGCAUGUAAUGUGGUAAUAUACUAGUAAAUAAAGUCAAACCCAUGACCAGUGAAUUGAGUAAUAUUUAUAUUUACACAGAGAGAGAGAGAGAUGUCCCCCAAUGUUAUGUGUGUCUGUUGGGGCUGCUGUAGAAACAUGUCAGCACAGGAUGGUAGUCUAUUCUCUUUAGUGCUCUAACAUCACAACCAAUUGGCUGUUGAAUUGGACAACCAAGGCUAUUGCAACAGGGUUCGCAAAUCAGCCAAUAAGUGGGGCCCCAAGCUGAGAAACCACCCCAACCCUGUGCAACCAAAAAUAAAUCUAAUCCAAGCUCGCACAA